AAAGGCUGAACCUUACAACCUUUCAUAUAAUUUUGCUCGUAAAACUCCAAUUAAGUGGUGGCUUAGUAUAAACAUUGAUGAUGAUCAGGAUCAGCUUUUACAAUUAGCACUGCGUUUAUUUUCUAUUGUUCCUUCACAGUCUUCUUGCGAAAGAAAUUUUUCAGCACUUAAAUGGUUUUAUG